CGCUAUGGAUGGAUUGUUUAUUCUUGUGAUUUUGUCUCUAUUGGUAUAUAUCCCAUCCUUGUUCCCAGUAACACCAAUCGGUGGCUGUGGUUCUAACUAUAUAUAUUCACAUAUAUUAUCACUAUACUUGAAUCCUCUGGUGUAUUGUCUUUUCAACCUUUUCCAACUUCUUUGCUGCUACCAAUUUGGUGGAAAGAAUUGGAUUGCAUCUAGAUAUCUUCAUUACAAGUGUCAUUAUUCUCUUUCUUUUGAGAGACAGGUAGUGCGUGUAUUGCAUAGUGUCUCUUUCUAUAGAGAUCCUUUUUCCUUGGGUCGUUAGGUAAGGAAUAUCUAUUCCUUCUUUUGAUUUUUUUUUUCUUUAAUUUUAAUUUUAAUUCUUAUUCCCUACGUUUCCCUACGUUUCAUUGUCCACCUACCUAUCAAUCUUUGCAUCCAUACCUUCUUUUUUACUUUAUUUCUUAGCCUAGGAAAAGCGGUCUGGUCUUGGCAUUGUUAAAGUACAAUUCGUUGUCGUCGUUAUUAUUAUUAUUAUUAUUAUCAACGGUAUUAUAAUUAUUCUUAUUAUUUUCUCUUUCGCUUUGGUUUUUUGCUCAAUCCUUUUAUUUACCUCUUUCUAAUUCGCUUUUCUUGAAGUUGCUUGUGUCAGUUAAUUUAGAAAAUGGCGAAUAGUAGCUCUGGUUCGUCGUCGUCCUCGACGUCGGCGUUUGUGUCGAGUUUAAUCUUCAACUUGGUCAUUUUUGCUAUUAUGAUCUUUAUUUUCAUUUCCUUGCGUCCUCGUGAAAAACGAGUUUAUCAACCUCGUUGUGAAGUCGAGACUCAACCAAAAGAACAAACACCUGAACCUGCUGGUAGCGGCCCUUUUUCCUGGCUUCUCAGUUGCCUGAGAUUAUCAGAGACUUCCUUAAUUCGUUAUGCCGGUGUCGAUGCUUACUUCUUUUUGCGUUACCUCUUUACCUUUACGUUCCUUUGCUUCUUGGGCUGCAUCAUGCUUUUGCCCAUUUUGCUUCCCGUCAAUGCCACCAAUGGAAAUGGUAAAACUGGUUUCGACAUCAUCUCCUUUUCCAACGUCAAAAACCAUAAUCGCUUUUACGCUCAUGUUUUUCUUAGUUGGAUCUUCUUCGGUACUGUCAUCUUUGUUAUUUACCGGGAACUUCGCUUUUACGUCGUUUUCCGUCAUGCCAUCCAGGCUUCUCCUUUGUACGACCAAAGCAAGUCUUCUCACUGCAUGGUUAUCAGCGAACUUCCCAAGUCUGCUCUCGAAAGUGAGGACGUCAUUCGCCAACAUUUCCCCAAUGCCUCUCGCGUUGAGUAUGUCCACAACAUUAAAAAGCUUCAAAAGCGUGUUGAUAAACGUGAUGCUCUCGGUAACAAGUACGAAGGCACUCUCAAUGGACUUAUCAACAAGUCUGUCGCAAAGAGGAACAAGUUAAUCAAGAAGCAAAAGGAGUUGCCCACUGAGCUCGAACUCACCUCGUACGUGAAGAAGCGCCCUACUCAUCGCCUCACAUUCCUUAUCGGAAAGAAAGUGGAUACCAUUGAUUACUGCCGUGACGAAAUUGCCAAAUUGAACAAGGAAAUUGAUGAACUUCAAACUCAAGUGAAGGAACAAAAGAAGGUUGGUUCCGUCGUUCUGGAAUUUCCCACUCAAGCUGAUCUUCAAAUGGCUUAUCAAGCCUUUUUAUACUCUUCCAAUUUCCGCCGCUGGCGUAUGGGCCGUGUUCUUUUGAACGUUCAUCCCGAUGAAAUCGUUUGGUCCAACCUGGCUUUAUCUACGUCUGAGCGCCAUGCUCGUAGAUUUGCUGCAAACUCGGUCUUGACGGCCAUGAUUAUUUUCUGGGCCAUUCCUGUCGCUGUUGUGGGUUGUAUUUCCAACAUCAACUUUUUAACAUCCAAGGUGCACUUUUUGCGAUUUAUCGAUAACAUGCCUAGUAGAUUGAUGGGUAUUAUUACUGGUAUUUUGCCGACUGUUGCCUAUGCUGUUUUGAUGUCGCUUGUGCCCCCUUUUAUUAAAUUCAUGGGCAAAGUUGGAGGUUGUCUUACGGUUCAUGAAAUUGAAAGAUACUGUCAAACAUGGUUUUAUGGAUUUCAAACGGUUCAAGGAUUUUUAGUUCUUACAUUAACGUCUGCGGCAAGUUCGGCAGUCAUUUCUGUAAUUGAGAAGCCUCAAAGUGCCAUGAGUCUUUUGGCGAACAAUCUGCCAAGAGCCUCCAACUAUUAUAUUUCUCAAUUUUUGUUACAGGGAUUGUCGUUCCCAGGAGGAGCGCUUGCGCAAAUUGUUGCAUUGGCAUUAUCGAAGGUUCUUGGACGGAUUUUGGACAGCACUCCACGUCAAAAGUGGAACCGUUGGAUCGGGUUAUCUCAGCCUAGUUGGGGUGUAUUGUAUCCCACGUACUCAUUGCUAGUGGUGAUUAUGUUGUGUUAUGCGAUCAUUGCACCUAUUAUUAUGGGAUUUGCAUUGGUUGGAUUGACAUUGAUCUAUAUAGCUUACUUGUACAACUUGGUUUAUGUAUUUGCACAUGGUGUGAAUGCCAAAGGAAGAAACUAUCCAAUGGCUUUGUACCAAAUGUUUGUUGGACUUUACCUUGCGGAAAUUUGUUUGAUUGGAUUGUAUGUAUUGAGUAAGAACUGGGGCUGUACAGUGUUGCAAGCGUUGUUCUUGGGAGCUACGGUGGCUAGUCAUGUGUACUUUAAAUACAAGUUUUUGCCCUUGAUGGAUAUUGUGCCAUUGAGUGCGAUUGAAUGUGCGAAUGAGCAUCCUGAAAUUAAAUACCCAAAGGAUUUGGGUACAUCGGAAGCCAGAACUACAGGAAGAAUGUAUCCGUCGAACGUUGAAGUGAACGAGGAGCCCGUGGAUCCUUUGGAUGAAGGAAGAAGUGGAAGUGAAGCAUAUCAAACGUCAUCGUCGAAUAUAGAUGGAUCUGUGCAGAAGGAGGAUGAGAAGGAUGAAAAGGCGAUUGAAUCGAUGAGCGAACGGACGAAUCCUACUCAAACGAAGGAGUCGACAAUCAAGACGAUAGGCGGUUGGGAAGAGAAUGGAUCUGUGUCAAAGCAAACGAACUUUGCAGUGAAUUAUCUUUCAUCAGCGUUUCGUAAGGAUACGAUUAUGCCUACGUUUGAUCGUGUUUUACAGACUUUACCUACAUUCUAUGGGAUUGGACCUAGUGGACAAGGAUCGGUGCGGUACACGGAUCCAGCAUUGGAAUCGACGCCUCCAUCGAUUUGGAUUGGAGAAGAUCCUAUAGGGUUGUCGAAGCUUGCGAUUGAAGAUGCUGCGGGCAAGGUGGAUGUGUUUGACUAUCAUACAGAGUUUGAUGAGAAGGGUAAAGUUCAAUACACAGGACCACCUCCCAAGUAUGAAGAUGCAAUUUCAGGAUAAUUGGGAAACCAAUAAAUUCCAAGUCUAAUUCAGUUUUUGCUAUAAUAAUAUAUAACAACUAAUAGGAUGAAAGGAGUUGGAAUUCAUCC